AAAUUAUGGGAUCCAGUAUCUGUUCGAGGCUAAGAAAAUGGAGAAAAAGUUUCUCUUCGAAAAAGACUGAAGAUAAAGAGAUUUUGAAUGUCAAUGAAAUUGUUGUCGAUGGAGAAGAAUCGGCCAAAGAACAGCUCAACGAGAUUUUACAAGGGGAAGAUGUUGAAGAGAUUAAAGUUGCUUCGUACACCAAAGAAGAUCUAGGAGAGCUGAUAGAAGAUCUAAAGAAACAGUUAGCAAAGCAUCGGUGCAAUAAACCUGAGAAGGAAAAGUUAUUGCUUGAGUUAGGUCACGCUCACUAUAAACUAUGCAAGUUCCCUGCUGCCAAAGAUUACUACGCGCAGUAUUUUAGUCUGGUUAAACGACAACGUUCGUUACUUCGUUUGCAAAGAGCUUACUGCAACCUUGGAUGUGUUUACAAGAGGCUUGGGGAUAUUGAAAAAGCCGUAGAGUAUUUUGAAAGUGGUCUAGCGAUUUCUGAAGAGUUACAUGACAAAAGUUGUCAAGCGAGGAUGUACAAUAAUCUCGGAAACAUCUGUGAGAUGCAGCAAGACUUUGAAGGUGCCAUUUAUUAUCAGUUAGAAAGGCGAAAGAUUUCCGAGAGUUUAAAGGAUGGUAACAGCGUGUCGAAGGCCGAUGCGAGCAUUGCUAACGCAUACCAUUGCUUGGGAAAUUUGAGGGCAAGCAUCGCUUAUUAUGAAAGAGUUGUGCUUUGGUUGAGGAGAAAAUUAGUUUAUCAGGAGAGACAAAGAAGUAGAUGGGAUCUUGUGUCACAGUUGCCAAUUGAAGACGAGCAGUGGGUGUAGCGGGAUAUAUGGGAGACAAAAAAACUUCAAGCGGUCAAAAUUUGCAGUUUGAAAUGGCUUGAAUUUGGUUUGCACCAAAAGCAAACACGAGUGUUCUCAGAAGGUUAAGCUGAUACUUUUCGUUAGUCUACGUGAUGCCACUCAAGCACGCCAUAUUUAUUCUUUCCUAUUACGGUUACAGGUGGAUAUACGCGUAGAUGUAAGAAAAAACGUUGGUGAUCAACUCAGAAUUUACUAACAAUGGUACAAAAAAUCCCCAUAACAAUUAUUUAUUAAAGUGCACCUAUUUGAAAUUAUUAUCCAAGCAAGAAAAGUUCUAAGCAUUCCCCUGUCCGUUACAUUUAUAUUAGUUCAGGUCCUAAAUUUAAAACUUACGCCAAUUUGUUGCCGAGAUAUUCUUCGUGCUUAAUGAUAUUCAAAAGAAAACCUACGCCUGCAGAAUUUCACAGCGCAUUUCGUUUUCCAAAACACAAAGGAGAGAGCCAAAAUUAAAUUAAAUUGGAAGGAAUUUGUGGACAAAUGUAAAGAAGGAUUCUCAUAAAAGUAAGGUAAAACGGAAUCAACGGUAACACUAUCCGCAAUUCAUCUGUCAAUUAGAUAUCAUAUUUAAGUUGUGAAAACAGAAAAAUCAUUAAGGUAUGAAGACUUCUUUCUACUGACCAAAUGAAAGAUGUCAGAAAGAGAACGAUUA